ACAUCAAAUUCAAAUGCUAUCAAUUUCUCUGUGAAAAUUUGAUCUAAAUUCCCAAAUUGCUCAAUCAGUGAAAGAUACAUUAGUCAAAAUUAUUUGGAGAAAAUAGGACCCAUAUUCAUUUAAGAGCACCGGCAAUCUAUUAAUUGAAAUAGUAAAGUUGGCUUCUUCAUCUAUCUUCGCAAUUAAUGUUUUUGUAGAAAUCAUUAGUAGCCCCAAAAUUAUAAAAACUUCCUGUGUUUUUGCAAUUUUACAAGUUUAGCUAAGAGGGUGGCACAUUAAUUAGUAUUUUGUCAAAAAAAAUAAAAGAAUUACUCCUUCCCUACCAGCUACUUCCAUGCCAUAACCAAUUUGAUCACUUCCAUGUGUAAAAGUUGGUCAAACCCAAAUACUUCAUACAGUUAUGCCAUGUUGAAUGAAUCCUUCUCUGUUCCACUGACUCCAUUAAUGAAAACGAGAAAACAAACUAACAUUAUUGCAUUAUCAUCUCCAACUGUCUCCUAUUCAAAGAUUUUAUUACAUGAAGUGUUUUUUUAUUCAUAAUAUUGGUGUGAAAUAUAUAUCCAUUUUUUUAUGAUUAAUCUCUGCCGUGCAAUCUGGUUGAUCAUCUUUAGUGAGAUAUUACUUCUUAAUUAUGUUUUUUUCUAUUUAUAAGACUCAAAUUCAAGAUCUUGUAUAAAGAGAUCAUAUAUAGUAUCACUCGGACCAAUGUCUUGUUGGUUGAUUAUAUGAAGUGUGGAAAGAGUAAUAAACAACACCAAUAAAAUACAACUACAAAAAAGCAAAACCAACCGACCAACAACCUACCAUCUCUUCUAGCUUCAUUCUUUUCUUUCUCGCCUUAAAACUACAACCUUAGUUCUUCAUUAUUGUGAUUGUUUCCAUAAUGGAGUUCAGAUCAAAAUCAUGCAGGAAUGAGAGUCUGCAGAUUGAAAACUACUGUGGAGGAAGAGUGGCACCAACAAGCAUGCAAGAUCUGAGGUCUUAUAGUUACAGUGCAACCUAUGCUGGUUCUGCUUAUCCAUACAAGAUUGGUAAGGAAAAGGAAGUGAAGGUGGAUAAAGGGAAAAGCACAGUUUGCAAUAGCAAAGUAUCAAAAAGUUGGAGCUUCAAUGACCCUGAGUUGCAGAGGAAGAAGAGGGUAGCUGGCUAUAAAAUAUAUUCUGUGGAAGGGAAAAUGAAAGGCUCACUCAGGAAGAGUUUGAGGUGGAUCAAGAACACAUACGCCCAAGCUGUUCAUGGAUGGUGGUGAAUGGUGAUUAAUUGGUAUGUAGUUAUAUACAAUAUAAUAAUAUACUACUUUUUUUUACCCUUUUUUUGUUUUCUGAUAUGAUUUACUUGUUUUGAUAUGGACUCUAAAGCUAUUGAAAUCAAGUUAUACCUUCCUUAAAAAUGUUGAAAAUCUUCUCAUGUAUUGAACUACGUAACUUAUUGGUAUCAUCCUCCCAGAUCAUCUAAGCUUUCAGGGAGGCAUGAUCUAUAAAUUUUAGCAAGUUGCAGCUGAAUUUCCUAUUAGUAAUGCUAUUGGUUUUGAACUA